AUGAGUGAACCAGAUGCGGAUUCAUCGCCGAAGCCUUUAGAGCCUCAAGAUGGGAGCACUCAUAGUUCACCAAAGGACACGCGCCCUUCAUCGCCAGUCGCGUCGGCACCAGGGACACCGCCGGUAGGAACUCAGAGCGCCUCAUCAACAAAUGGUGAAGAUGUAGCCACGACCCCCGUAGCCGCCGUGAGCGGUGGUGUCCCGUCAUCGACUCCCGCUCCCGUCAGCCCGGCCACCGUCGCCGACAUAACCAGUCCUCCGCCGAGUCCAAGCCAUAUGCGAAGCCCCGGCUCCGACUACUCCAACUCUUCAGAUUGGGUUACAACCGACUCAUCCCCGAGUCCAAACCCCACAAUAAGUCCCAGUCCUGAUUCCGAUGCCGAUCCCCAUCCUCGAACCUAUUCAGGGUCCAGCUAUUCCCAACCUCAUACGACUCGCCCACCAGGAGAAGAACAGCUAUAUGAACUGUCACCAUCACCGUCGCCGUGGCCCGAGUCCUCCAACUCUGACGACAGUCAACGUGCUCCGAGCUACGCAGCACCACCACCUGGCUUCUUAUUCACUCCAGCACCCACCAGGCCGCCCCCUGGCACUGGCCUGUACAUUAUCACCUCCGCCCCUCAUCCCUACCCAGACCCUCCCAUCCCUGUCUAUCCCGCGCCUCAGCUUUAUCCUGCUCCUCAUCCUCAGGGCCAUCCUGGCCCCCAUCCUCAUGCUCAUCCCUCACAUCACCUGCCACCCGUUUACAUCCACGAGGCACAACCGCCGCCGCCACCACCACCACCACCACCACCACUACCACCAAUACCACCACUAGUACCUCCUCCCCAAGCUCAAGUCCAAGCCGAAGCUCAAGCCGAAGCCCAAUACAAGCAGAUUUACGGAUUAGGACACGCUCAAGCCCGCUCCUCUCAACAUCUGCCACCCGUCUAUAUUCAUGAGGCACAACCGCCGCCGCCACCACCAGUACCACCUCCGGGCAAGAAUCCCCAAUAUGACGCCCCCUUUGGCUUCUACCGCUCGCCAGGCAAGGACCCAACAGAACGUCCAAAACCCAAGUUCUAUCCGCCUUCUUCCAAACCACUGUUUGUGCCCACGGUGCGGGUAGUUAACUCGAGAUCCAAACGAAACGAAGCUCGAUGGUGGGGGGCUGCUCAAAAACAGCAGCAACAAAAAGGACAGCCUCAAGGACAACCCCAAAAACAGCCACAGGCUAGAGAACAACCACAACCCCAAGGACAUCCACAAUUCCAUGGACAACCACAGCAUUUCAUUGGAUUUGGACAACCACGAGGCGGACGGCCCCCAAAACAUCAAGAAAAUCCGAUCAAAAUCAUCUACCACGAACCCCUACCACGAUCAAGGUCACUCCAACAAUUCCCAGCACCAACCCGUCUAUCACCCCACCUCCAAGCCCAAGCCGAAGCCGAAGCAAAGGCCCGGUACAAGGAGAUCUACGGCAUGGGCCACGCCCAAGCCCAAACCAAAGCUCAAGCCGAAGCCGAAGCAGAGGCUCGAUACAAAGAAAUCUACGGCCCGGGCUACUCCCAACUCGCACGUCAACGCGAUUCUGAAGCCCAGGGCCAAGCCGCAGCCUACACCCAAGCCUCAGCCCGACAAUGGGAGCACAUUUACCGCCCAAUACCAGCCCUGCAAAACACCCAAGCCUACACUCAAAACCGACCACCACAAGUCCUGGCCCCGGGCCAGGUCCCAGCCUACCAAAUCCAUGGACCGCGAUAUGGCAAUGGCAAUGGCCAGAGCGCAGGCGGAGGCUACCAUGGGCAGCAGGGACCGCCGAUUGCUGCCAUGAUUCCGGUUACCAUGAUUCCGAUUACCGGGGAAGAGCGUCGUUACCAGUGCAACUUUUUGGAUUGCGCGCAGCGUUUUGCGAGGAAACAUGAUUUGAACAGGCAUCGGAGGUCGCAUUUCCCUGAUAGGCCGUUUGGGUGCGAGAAGUGCGGGAAGAGGUUUGCGAGGCAGGAUGCCCUGAAGAGACACAUCUCAUUAGCAGCAAAAUGUGGCGGCAACGACCCGAAAAACCCAGUCGAGAUCAGCUCAAGUCCAUCUCCGUCUCCGAGUCCAUCUCCCGCACCAGAACAGGCCAGUGCCAGUGCCAGUGCCACUGGCAACAACCCCAACGGUGGGCUCUGGCACGUGCCAUCAUCAGCGAUCAGGAACGACAGCCAAACCCGCAGGGCAAGAUCGCCAUCCGUAGAAGUAAUAAGCGACACAGAACGAAAUCAUCGUGGCCGCAGAUCCGGACGAAAACGAAAACGUGCUCAAGAACCGAUGAUAGACGGUGAAGACCCGGAUUACGACAGAGACUAUCGACCACCAGCCAACAUCCAAAACCUAAAUCAGGCUGGGAGUAGUAGUCUACAACGGCAACGAGAGCCGCAGAAUCGAUGGGUGAUUGGCACGAGCGUGAGCGCAAAUUACGUUUCGGGGGCGGAGACGGAGGCCGCGGCCGCGGCGGGCCAGGCAGCGGCUGAAGCGACAUCGGCGGCCACCGUGGCGAGUCGACAAAAUAGGAGCCACAAGGGGAAGCAGAGGGAGUUGCAGAAUCGAUGGGCUGUUCCCACUGCUGGACCGGGUGUGAGCGGCGCGACCGCCAGCGCUAGUCACGGUACAGCGGCGUCGGCUUCGACGCCGGCGGAUGCAGCAGAGGCAGCAACCGGAGCGGCAGUUCCUGAUGCUGGUAGGGGAGGAGACACAGGAGCUUCCUCCGAGUUAAUCUCCGGGGCAGCUUCCGGGGCGGGAUCACGAUGA